AUGGAAAAUGCAAUUUCUCCAUAUGACGUACUUGGCGUCUCGAGUUCCUCUUCGGUUGCGGAAAUUCGUGCGGCAUUUAAGCGACUAGCACUCUGCACUCAUCCCGACAAACGGAAAAACGGCAGUACGAAUGAGGAGGAGUUGGGGGUGACGCUUGAAAUUUACCCAUUCCAUGUCGUAAAGGAGGCAUCCGAGUUGUUGCUUGAUCCUCUGCGUCGUGCUCAAUAUGACCACGGGCGAGAGCAGGCCUACGUGCGGUCUGUCGGCGCGGUGAGCGACACGCACGACUUGAGUGAAUUCUUUCUUGCAGAGGAGAAAGUUGUGUACGAUGCUACCAUGAAGGAUGGUGGCGUUUUAAAGAUGCGGGUGUACAAGCUGGAAUGUCGUUGCGGCGGUGUGUUCGAGUUGUUCAUCACUGAACGUGAGGUCGAGACGCAAGGAGUGAACAAACGCUGUGAAUGUGACUGCUGCUCCCUAGUAAUUUUGGUCACCGGCGGUCGCGCGUUGUUUAUAUAA